CCCUCGGGUUCUAUCACUGGUCACCACAGAGAAGAGAUCAGAUCUUGCCCUUCCUCUUCCCUUACAAGGAAGUUGCAACUGCAAUGAAAUCUCCCCUCAGUCUCCUCUUCUCCAGGCUGAACAGACCAAGUGACCUCAGCCUCUUCUCUUACGGCUUCCCCUCAAGGCUACCAUCUUCAUUGCCCUCCUUUUGAGUCAGCAGAGGUUAUAGACUCUAGGGGAAAUUUCCUAAAGUAAAUGGCCACUUUAGCAUGAAGGGAUUAACCUGGCUCGCCAGAUGCACUGUAGCUUUGACCAAAAGCAUGGGUUUCUUCAUAGCUUGGCAUGAAUUUUUGCAUUCAGACUGAGCAAAGGGCAGCAGCCUUUUAAUUUCAGCCAUUCUGACAUUUACUGAGAAUGUUACUCAGCACCACUGAGAAGGGUCCUACUCUGUCGUCUUCAUUCCCUCCUGCCAGCUAUUUAUACACUUGAUAAGAUCCCCCCAAGCCAUCUUUUCAGGCUGAACAGUUCCAGCUCUCUCAGCCUCUCUUUUUGUCAGAUUCUCUUAUUUCUCAAUGAUCUUUUUGUGGCUCUUCACUGGACUCACUUCAGUUUAGAGCUCUUCUUCAGGCCAGCCUGUUGGCAAACUUGACAUCCUUGUUUCAAGUUGUUUCUGUUUUAGUAAUAUGCCUAGAACAUUUCAAUUGAGAAUCACUAUCCUCAGAAGGAUUUACUAAAGAAAGUAAAGGUACCAUUUUAAACUAGGUUUGUUAGUAAAUACUGUUUGUAAAGAGUUCAGUGUAAAUUUACUCCCUAAACAGAAUGUCGAGUCAUUCAAUUACAAAAUCAGGUAGUACACAAGCUGGCAUGGAGCAAAGGCCAAUCUUUUCUACUCCAUUCUGUCCUUGACCUCUGUACCUGGACUGCCACUGAGGGGAAUGGUUGUGAUGGUGACAGUGUACACAGUUGUCCCUUGCAAAGUACACCGAGCUCCUUAGCUCAAAUCAUGCCAUUUGCUGUUGCAUAUGAGUGGUUUCACAGGGCAGUGGCUACACUUAUAUCCACUGCUCUGUGCACACAGCAGUCAUUCACUCAUCUGCAAAAUCUGCCUCUAAGAGUUUAAUGUUUGUGAAUGGCAUUCUACAAAUAAAUAGCCCUAAGAAGACAGCAAAAAGUCUUUCAAUCUAUGUGCAGUCUGGCUGGAAAUGGAUGCUCCAUUUCCUAUUAGCAGCUUUUGAGCCAACUUUCUCCUAAGAGCUAGACUUAUUCUUAUGGCCACAAAAAAAAUUCUAGUUCUUUUAAUAUUUAAAGCUUAAAUGUUGCAGGGUUUAAAAUAUUUUAAGUAGUAUUUUGACUCUUGUUUCUUCUUUUGUUUUUCCUAAAUAAAGCUAAAACAACUCCUACAAUGAAAGUUUUCUUCCCACUAUUUCCUCUGAAAAGCUGAACUUUUCUGUGUAUUUUCUCUUUCUAUUCCUAAUGGAAAAUAUUGCCGUUGCUGAAGUCUGACUGGGAAAUGCAGAUGUGACUUCACUGUAGCUGCACUACCACAAAUUUCCAAUUAUAACAGGUCAAAAGAAGAGUUUUCUUAGGCAUUGCCUAUGGACUGUAGAGAUUGUAGAGAUCCAGACUUGAGAAUGAGUUAGAAGUUAUAAUUACUAAGACUCUUCACCAGGUACGAGUUGCCAAAUAGUGCAGAGAUCAGUGGAGGUACACAAUUAAAGAAAUUCUGUGCCAUGGCUAAUACAAAAUUACAUGUUUCUGAUUUAUUUAGUUUAAGUUAAGAGACUGUAAUAGCUCUUGCAAAUAUAUAGAACCAAUUCUAUUAAAAUUUAUUAGCAGAAGUACAUUUUUGUUUCAGUGAAGCCUGGGUUGGUCUACUUUCUGUAAAACUGCUGACAACAGGCAGUAUUGUAUAACAGGAACACUGACCUAGAUUUUCAGAGGUGGUCAAAUCUCAACAGGUUUUGAUUGAUUUGGAUGAGUGACUGUAAACUCCUUUGAAAACCACUGCCAUAGGAUUUUCAUAGAUAAUUAUGUUAUUGAAAAAAAUUAUAGAAAUAGAUUUGAUCCUGCAAGAACCUCACUGGCAAUAUAAAGCAGUAUGCAGGUUUUUGAACAGGACAAACUUAAGAGAAAUGAUAAUAUUUCUGGAAUUGACAGAGAAUAAAGAAAUAAUAUUUUCUUUGGUAUUAAAGGAAAUAUAUAGAUUUAAAGCUUAUAAAUUAAGCUAUAAUCCAUCUUAUUGCUAUCAGUCGUGUGAGACACUGAACAAAGAAAAUCCAUGUUGAUUUUGAUCUUGUAAGUAUAAUGAAUUCAUAUAUUAAGACUAGUGACUGUUUUGUAGGAGUUUUAUAAAAAUGCAUAUGUAUCAUUGGUCUCACCAUUACCAGAGAUCAGAGCAAAUUUCUAAAAGCCACUGGAAUGGUAUAGGUGGUUCUCUUCAGUCUCUGUAGGAAUUAGCAAACUUGAAAAUCUCAGUUUAAAAAUGGAAAUGUUGACUUAUUAAAAAGCUACCGUUGAAAGUUUCAGGACAAUUAAUAUACAUACACCUUUCUGGUUCCCUGUGUUUAAUAUGUUUUUUACUCCAAAUAGAAGCUUAAUAUUAAACAUAAUGGAAUUUUUAGUGUCUGAUAUUAUCCAGGAAAUCAAAGGCUGAAGAGCAGACUUGGAACAGCCCUGAGCAAUUGAUGUUUGAGAAAGUGAACAAAAACAUGCUGUCUAUGCAAAAAGGUUCCAACACAAAGCAGAAAAGGAAGAUAAUUCAAACAGACUGCAUUACAUAUGUAAAGAGAUUGUAAAGGACAGAACAGUAAAAAGUUUAAUAUUUUUAUGAAUAUAUGAAAGGAAUAGAAGGCUGAAGUAAAUUUCUGGGAAAGACCAGGCUGAAUAAAUUAGUUUAAUUCUCUACAUCAGCUACUAAUGAAGUGGUUUUUUAUGCUACAUUGGUGCCUCCAUAUUUAAAUUAUGUUUUUGCUUAAUUUUUAAAGUAAUGAACACAGACUUUUCAAAUUACAGGCUUCUGCCUUUAUUCUUUCAAAAUUGGGAAGUGAAAAAAUUGGUGAAUUAGUUCUCUUGGUAGCAAUCAUGCUUUUCCUAUCCUGCUCUAGUUACAUGCCUAGAAAAUAAUUAACAGGUUUUCUCUAAUGCUUCCUAAAGAUGUUGAAACUGGAGAACAAAUAUUGACUGAGAGGCAGCAAAACUUGCCUGGACAGGAGAAAAUAAUGGUUUAUAUAACUGAAAACAGUUUGUCAAAAACAGAAUAGAAACUGUGGAAUAUCUGAUUUAAAACUGAUGUCCAAAGGGUCAAAUGUGAUGUGUACAUGUAUUUGGGUAUUUGCAGGCCACACUUAGGUGCUGCUGCCUUUGCAGUAUCACACAAAAGAGCUCUUUCACCUUCCUGAAGAUCUGCAGGGCCCCAGUUCCUGUUGCUGGGAGCCAAUCAUGAGAUGAUUUAGCACCCAAGACAGCCUUUUGGAAGCAAGAGGGAAUCGGUCAUGAGGACGUGAAUUGGUUCCGGCAUGACUGGGCUUUCAGAAACAUUAGCAGAAACUUGCAAGUAUUAUGUUUGCCGCUGUUUAUAAGGGAAAAGAGGAAAGGAAUUUGGGAAGGAGGUGGAGGAAGCAAGUCUGCACCUUGUAACUGGGUUUAGCACAUUGGGUGAGAAGGAUUUUGGACUGCAGUGCGUAAAAUCACAGGGGAGGUGGAGGCAGUUCACUCUCCGCCAUGCAAAGGUACAGGAUGGCCCACACAGAGAGAGCUCUACCCUGGCUGCUGCUGCUGGCACUGGCCUUGCUGGGCAGCACCACUGCGGAGCGGGACUGCCGAGUAAGCAGCUUCAAAGUCAAGGAGAACUUCGACAAGACCAGGUACAGUGGCACCUGGUAUGGUAUGGCAAAAAAAGAUCCUGAGGGACUAUUUCUGCGGGACAAUGUGGUAGCCCAGUUCACUGUAGAUGAGAAUGGACAAAUGAGUGCUACUGCAAAGGGCAGAGUCAGACUCUUCAAUAACUGGGAUGUCUGUGCUGACAUGAUCGGCUCUUUCACUGACACAGAGGAUCCUGCCAAGUUCAAGAUGAAGUACUGGGGUGUUGCCUCUUUUCUGCAGAAAGGAAAUGAUGAUCACUGGAUAGUGGACACAGAUUAUGAUACAUACGCUCUUCAUUACUCCUGCCGCCAACUGAACGCGGACGGCACUUGUGCUAACAGCUAUUCCUUUGUGUUCUCCCGGGACCCCAAGGGUUUGCCUCCAGAGGCACAGAAAAUUGUCAGGCAAAGGCAGAUGGACCUCUGUUUGGACAGAAAAUACAGAGUUAUCGUUCAUAAUGGAUUUUGCUCUUAAGGAGGUCCAAAACUAUGGAAAGAAACCAUGUAACAGCACCAUGGAUGUAAAGUUAACACACUGAUCCGGUGUUCCCUGGAAAAUGUUUCAAAUGGCUUCGUUUAGAUUUUGAAUAUAUUUAUCUGAGCUAUCUAGCUCACCUUGUUGAUAAACCAAUGAAACAUUUUAAUAAACUUGGAUUACAGGGAAUGAAAA